GUGUGAAUGAGAGCACGGACUGAACACUAAACAGUCUGCUAAUGUGUGGGCCUGGAACAGACAGCAUUGCAGGAGAAAACAAAACACUCGUCACACAGUUCCACUGCUGACCCGCCAUUAACACUCGCUGUUCAUUUAAGUAAUAUUCUGCAGCCUGGUUCAGCAGAAAGCGUCAGCAGGUCUCCAUGGCCCAGUUCGGAGGGCAGAAGAACCCUCCAUGGGCGGCCCAGUUUGCCACAACUGCGGUUUCACAACCCGGCCACUCAGGGCAGUCUAUUGACCUGAACAGUUUACACUCUUUAGGGGUACAGCAGCCGUCCCUCUUGGGUGCGUCCCCUAUGUACUCUCAGCAGUCAGCCCUAGCUGCAGCCUCCCUCAACACACAGUCUGCAGCCAACUACCAGCUCUCGCAGCAGACUGCAGCCCUACAGCAGCAGGCCGCUGCAGCUGCGGCUGCUGCAUUACAGCAGUCCCAGAUCAAUUCAGCCCUGCAGCAGUAUCAGCAGCAGCAGCAGCAGCAACAACAGCAGCAGCAGCAACAGCCGCAAGCCCCACCUCCACAACCUCCACCUCAACAGACCCUUUACAAUGUGCAGCAUCAGCUUCAACAACCUCAACCCCUGCUUUCCCAGCCCCCUGUUGCCUUGCCCACCAGCUUGAGCCUGUCGAACCCGCAGCAGACGGCACAGAUCACUGUGUCCUACCCGACCCCCCGAUCAAGCCACCAGCAGCAGACCCAACCCCAAAAGCAACGUGUUUUCACUGGGGUGGUUAGCAAGCUGCAUGACACAUUUGGCUUUGUAGAUGAAGAUGUCUUCUUCCAGCUCAGCGCUGUUAAGGGAAAAACGCCACAAGUCGGCGAUCGGGUUCUGGUGGAGGCUGUCUACAAUCCCAACAUGCCUUUCAAAUGGAAUGCCCAGCGAAUUCAGACUUUACCUCAGAUGCCCAACCAAACGCACCAGCCGCCCCAGCCCUUACCACAGGUUUCCCCACAGCUGUCCAGCUUUUACUCUGAUGCAGGAAUGCCACGCUACUCUGACAUACACCCUGCGGUGGAUUCAAGACAAAAUAAUCAACCCCCAGGCCCAAACAUGAUGAAACCCACAAUGCUGCAGUCUCUUCCUCCACCCACUACAUUCAGUGUCCAAGCCCAGGGACCUCCUCCAUCUCUUCUGCAGGCCCAGCUCUCUGCAGCCUCUCUGACCCCACUACUGCAUAACCCACCACAGCCACUGCUGCCCCAGCCACCCCCUAAAGACUCCGUGUUCUCAGGGGGUUUGCUUCAGCCCCCAGUGCGAAUGAUACCUCAGCCACAACAGGUGAGGCGUGUGGACCCUUCUCCCCGAUUCCCCAGUCGCAGUGACCGACCAGAACUCAUCCUGAGGAAAGAUGACCGCAGUCGGGAGAGAGAAAGAGAACGGAGAAGGUCAAGAGAACGUUCGCCUACACGUAAACGUUCUAGGGACCGAUCUCCACGCAGAGAACGUUCUCCGAGACGGCCGCGUAGAGUCGUACCAAGAUAUACUGUGCAGUUCUCCAAAUUCUCCCUCGAUGGUUAUAACUGUGACAUGAUGGAGCUCCGGCGGAGGUAUCAGAGCCUCUACAUUCCCAGUGACUUCUUUGAUGCUGUGUUUACCUGGGUGGAUGCAUUCCCCUUAACACGACCUUUCACCUUUGGAAACUACUGUAACUUUCAUAUCAUGCAUAAAGAGGUGGACUCUCUGGUAAAGAACACGUCCGUUCUUGACCCACCCGAUGCCAAUCACACCUACAGUGCAAAGGUGAUGCUGCUUGCCAAUCCCAGUCUAGAUGAGCUGUAUCAUAAGUCCUGUGCUCUUGCAGAAGAUCCUGCAGACCUAAGAGAUGCCUUCCAGCAUCCUGCCCGCCUCAUCAAGUUCCUGGUGGGGAUGCGGGGCAAAGACGAGGCCAUGGCCAUCGGUGGUCACUGGUCUCCCUCUUUGGACGGGGCCGACCCAGAGAACGAUCCCUCUGUCCUUAUAAAGACAGCCAUACGUUGUUGUAAGGCUCUAACAGGCAUUGAUCUGAGUUUGUGUACCCAGUGGUAUCGUUUUGCAGAGAUACGCUAUCACCGCCCUGAGGAGACUCACAAAGGGCGGACAGUCCCCGCACAUGUGGAGACAGUGGUUUUAUUUCUACCGGAUGUUUGGCAUUGUCUUCCUACCCGCUCAGAGUGGGAGGGCCUGUCCCGUGGACUCAAGGAGCAGCUGGCAGAGAAACUCUUGGCUGAACGGAAGGAGGCUGAUGGAGAACAGGAGGAGGAGGAUAAAGAUGAAGACGAUUCAAAGGAAGUCGCCACACCGACUCACUGGUCCAAGCUUGAUCCUAAAUCUAUGAAGGUGAAUGACUUGAGAAAAGAGUUGGAGAGCCGCACACUGAGCUCUAAAGGGCUCAAGUCCCAGCUAAUCGCUCGCCUAACCAAACAGCUAAAGGUGGAGGAACAGGUGGAGGAGUCUAAGGAGCCGGAGAAACCUGAACCUCCUUGCGUGGAGGAAGAUGAGGUCAGCAGAAUUGAAGACGACAAAGAGGAGGAGGAGCGAAAGCAGCUGGAGGAACAGGAACGUCAGCGCAGGGAGAGACGGUAUGUUCUGCCGGAUGAGCCCACCAUUAUCGUCCACCCCAACUGGGCUGCCAAGAACGGCAAAUUUGACUGCAGUAUUAUGUCAUUGAGUGUGCUGCUGGACUAUAGACUGGAGGACAACAAGGAGCAUUCGUUUGAGGUGUCUUUGUUUGCUGAGCUGUUCAAUGAGAUGCUUCAACGAGACUUUGGCUAUAGGAUCUACAAAGCACUCGCUUCUCUUCCAAACAAAGAUGAGAGAAAAGACAAAAAAGACAAAGCUAAAAAAGAUACAGAAAGGAGGGACAUAAAGAAGGAUAAGGAUGAGGAUAACGGAGAGCCAGUUUCCAAGAGAAUAAGGGAUGAAGAUGAGAAGAGGAAGGAUGAGGAAAAGGAAAGAGGCAUUAGGAGAGAAGGGUCAAAAGAUGAAGAUGAUAACGAAGAUGGGAGCACCAACAACAAUGCCGAUGAAUAUGACCCCAUGGAGGCAGAAGAUGCAGAUGACUAUGAUGAUGAUGAUAAAGACGAUGAGGACUCCAACGGGAGAGACAGAAGAGACGACCGCAGGGAUGACCGAAAAUCCAAAGACAGAUCUUCAAAAGAUAAAGAUGUGAAGAAAAAGCAGAUGGUGACGUUUAACAAGGAUCUCCUGAUGGCAUUUGUGUACUUUGACCAGAGUCAUUGUGGCUAUCUGCUGGAGAAGGACUUGGAGGAGAUCAUGUAUACACUGGGCUUGCAUCUCUCCAGAGCUCAGGUGAAGAAAUUGUUGAACAGACCGUUGGUCAGAGAGUCCUGCCACUAUCGCAAGCUAACGGACCGACCGAAAGAUGAGCCCAGCCCAACGUUGACCUCUGAUGCUCAAAUAGACAACCUUUUAGGUAACCAAACCUUGCUGGCCAGUAAGAAGAGCAAGCUAAAAUCAGAAGAGGCCGGCGAAUCGGGUAGCCUGAUCGUCUACAACGGAGCCAUGGUGGACGUGGGUAGCAUGAUGCAGAAACUGGAGAAGAGCGAGAAGACCAGAGAGGAAAUUGAGCAGAAACUCAUGCAGCAAGACAUUAAAAUGGAGGAGGGUUCAAAGCGUGUGGCGGAGCUGGAAGCAGCUAACCAAAGCCUUCUGAGAGAGCUGGAGGGGGUGAAGAACAAUCUUAAAGAGACCGAAAACAACCUGAAGACAUCAGACCAGCAGAAAGGCAGCUAUGAACGACAGCUCCACAGCACAGUCUCCAACCUUAACACCAUUAUGAAGGAACUUCAGUGUGUUCUUUCAAAGGUCGAUCCCUCGAAAGACAGCGACAGAAAAUCUCAAUCUAAUGGCUCAGAUGGAUGAACGGCCCUGUCCUGCUGAUCUACUCCGAUCUACUCUCCUCUCAAAUAUGUAAAUAAGCUUGAAACUAACACAAUUCUUAUGAAAAAUUUCUUUAGAUUUUGUUUCUGUGUAUAAAGUUUUAUUGACAGUGGGGGUAGAUUUCUCAUAAAUCUGUAAUUAAAAAUACAUUACUCAUUACUCUUUAUCAGUAAACACUUAACAAGCUCAUGUUUGUUUAAUAGUUUGUUCAAAUUAUGCAUUUUGUGGUCUUACAAGAGCUACAUGUCUGCUAUAUCAUUUUCUUGUUCAAAUAAUUCAUGACUUGUGCCAGUAUGUGUGAGUUUUUAUUAGCAGAGUUUAAUUAGCAAUAAAAGUGUUAUUUAUGUUAAAUUGAAAUGAAAUCGGUUAUGAUUUAAACAUCAUAACCACGAGGGCCUGCUUGUUUUGUUCGGUAUCCUCUGGCUUGUUUUUCUGCCAUGUCACCUGUAAGCAUGCAUUUAAAUGAGUGCAUGAUUCCUGUUUAUUCUUCUUGCAAGCUUUUUUUCUGAUAUUCUCUUAAUGCUUUGAUCCAGGUGUAAUCCAGUAUAGCAGGGUAGCGUGAAUGUGGCCGUGUUCUUUGUCAGGCCAGUAACCCUGUUAAUGAUGCACAAGUUUUGUGAAGUCCCAUCCAUUUUUUGUUUUGGAUACUUCACUUAAUAUCAGAGUGAUUGUAGUGUGAUUUGAAUACAGUAUGUAUUUUCCAUGAGUGCUAUACUGGAGUUGUUUUGAAGGCAGUGAAUUCUAAUGCUUUUCUUAUUUUCAUUUUUUCUAUUGUUAGCCAACUACAGAGGAGAAUGAUUACAUUAUUACAGUGGAGGGUUGCUGCUGAAUGAAAAGAGCCAAACUUAGUAAAAAUGAGCCCAGUGCAGCCAAGUGCAUAUUAUUUUUGUAUUCCUGAUGUACUUCAUGGUUGUCUUGGUCAAGGAAAAAUAAAAGUGGUUCAUUUUAAACAUA